GUCCAGCCCAUGACUCACAUAAGGAGUCCAACCGAGGACGUCUUUUAGAAAGAUCUGAACAAGGUGCACAGCACCUGGGAUUUACUUAGACAACUCUGACAUACAUAGCUUUUCUUUAUUUGGACUACUUUCACACAAACCAGUGUUUGGUGUUUUACUUCUUUUAAAUCCAGCAGGUCAUUAGCUGACAAUGUCGUGGGACUGUGGUCUCAAGUACAUGUUCUCUAUGUCCCCUGCACUGCAGCAGGGUAGCAAAUGCAUCCUGCAAGACAAGGAGGACCUGUCCAGACUGGAGAUGGUCCAGAGAUUGGCGAAGGAUGGCUGCCGGUUCCUGCAAAGCCACAGCAAGGGUCCAGAGAAGACAUCUGAGCCACAGAGUGACGAGGCAGUCCGCUUGUGUGUGAGGGAGCGGGGCCACGAUGUGCUCGUUCUCCGUCGAGUGUUGUCAGAGCAGCCAACGCACUCUGCAUGGUCGAGGGGAGGAGGAAGGGAAGAGGCAAAGACCAGGAGGUACGCGGUGGUGUCAGGGACCCCCGAGAAGAUCCUGGAGCAUCUGCUGGGUGACAUGAUGCUGGAUGAUGACCGAAGAACAACGCAGGGGAAGGAGUCAGAUAUGCUUCUGGAUGACUUUCUACUCACAUACCCAGUGUUCAUGUCAACCAGCGAUUUAUGCCAAGCUCUUCUGGGACACUAUUGCAACAAGCGGCACAAAAUUAAGGAGGACAUGAAAGAGGUUCUGGAGAGGAAACAGAAAGUCCUGCACCUGGUGUGGCAUUGGAUGUCUCUCUGCAAGGAGUUCCUGAGAGAGGACGAACAUGUGAAAGUGUUCCUCAAGAGUUUGUACCGUUACGUGUUCGAUGAUCUUUAUGAGCACCCAGCCCUGGAGAAGGAUGUGAUGGAGUUGCAGAAAUUCUACCAGCUAAGACGCAGACACACUGUGGAUGAUGAUUCGCCACACAGAAAUGGUAGAGCUCUUUCCCACCAAUUGAGCUUGAAAGAGAAUGGGCUCAGAUCCAGGAUCACACAGAGAGAGAAAAAGGAAGUUCUCUGCCGUGUGUACGUCACGAUGGACUCGUAUCUUAGUGCGAAGGUCCACUCUGAGGUGGUUGCUCAGGAGCUGUUGCAGGCAGUGGCAGAGAGGAUGGAUGUUCCUGCAUCUGAACUGAUACUUGUGGCCAUUACUUAUCCUGGAGGUAGACUCCUCCUGCAGCCUCAGGACAGAGUUUUCUCCAAUUCUUUACGGCCAGUGGGGAGGCUUCAUGUGUGCAGGAAGGACCUCGGUGAAGUCCUGAACCCAUUUACAGAUAACUCAGAGUUGCAACAGAGGACGGCUCGCAUGCUAACUUUAAAUACAUGGGAUGUGGCUGUUGCACUCACCAACUUUGACUGGACAAUUUUCAACUCGAUGCACGAGCAGGAACUGAUCUACUUCACCUUCAACCGCCAUGUUUGCAGUAGCUACACAAUGCCAUUAGAAACGCUGCUGCAGCAAUGCAAUGAAGUCCAGCUGUGGGUCAUGACUGAGGUGCUGCUGUGCCCGAUGCUCUGCAAAAGGGUCCAGCUCAUCAAGAAGUUCAUCAAGAUUGCUGCUCACUGUAAAGCACAGAGGAACCUCAACAGUUUCUUUGCCAUUAUUAUGGGCCUGAAUGCUGGUGCUGUAAGCCGCCUCAGUCAGACGUGGGAGAAAAUUCCUGGUAAAUUUAAGAAGCUGUUUUCCGAGCUGGAGACAGUCACAGAUCCCUCACUGAACCACAAGGCAUACAGGGACUCCUUCAAGAAGAUGAAGUCCCCCAAGAUCCCGUUUCUUCCUUUACUCUUGAAAGACAUCACAUUCAUCCAUGAAGGCAACAAAACAUUUCAUGAUAAUCUGGUCAAUUUUGAGAAGUUGCACAUGAUAGCAGACAUGGCGAGACUCAUCCGAGAGUGUCAGCAAGACCACGUGGGAAAUGGAAUUGCCCAGAAGAGCAGCUCAGAGGUUCGAGCCUACACUGAUUACCUUCAUGUCAUCGACAAUCAGCAGACUCUGUUCGAACUGUCACACAGACUGGAGCCUCGUGCGUAGACAGGACUUUUUUCUAUUCUUCCCACUCUGUGGAAUUGCCAAGGAUCAACCGAUCACUGUCUCAGCUCGUAGUGCCCAGGACUCGGUCAGUAAUCCUUGGAGGUAUGCAUGUUUCUGACUCAAACACACAAGAUGGAGUAACUCAAUCAGGAGGCUGUCACCAGAGACCUAAACAAGCAGUGAAAGACGCAUGUGAGGAAGGCCGCAGAAACAGUUUGGAUCCACUACCACGUGACUGAUUCAUUCAACUAUUACUCAACAGGAAAGCUGCAGCGCCAGCGGCUGAACUGCAACAACAGCAGAAGCCUUGAGUGGCAGCCAUUUAUCAAGACAUCAUUAUGGGGUAAUAUACUAGUAUAUAGUAUAUUUCUAAAAAUCAGUCCUUUAUACUGACAGAGCGAAAUGAUCAAACUUCUGUUAUAUUAACUCAAGACUGAGGUUGUUUUCACAUGACUAUUUUUCUACAACAUGUAAUCGUUCCGUUGAAUAAAAAGAGACAGCAAUUGUUUAAAAUAAAAUAAUAGCUAACCAUGAUUUUUUUCUUUCCUUCAUAAGUUUUAAACUGGCAAGAUUUUUCCUGUGAGAGACUUUGACAUGUACAGGCAUUUAGAAAUUUUUUUUGACCAUACCAAAAGUUAUAUACUUCCCAUAUUGUAAAAAUGUAGAGACGACUUUCAGGGAAUAGGGGGUUCUUCUGAACAGAUCUAAAGUCCAGUGAGGACUUUUAAAGUGAUCUGAAGAAAUGCAUUAUUAAUUUGCAUAGCACAUUUUAGCAAAAAGGCAAUUCAAGGUUCUUUGCUUGAUGAAAACAUGAACAACUAACAUUUAAUUUUCUUCAAUGUCUUCAAGAUCAUCCAAAUCCUCACUAUAAAAUUUCCUGAAUAAAGAUUAAAAUUAAUCUAUAUCCCAGUUGUUGAUCAAUAGACUUAAUUAUUAAAGCAGCUCUCUAAUAGUUCAAAGGUCAAAUAUGAUGUGUUUGUAUUCUAUCGAAGUUUAAAAGCAAAUACAGUAUAAAGUUUGAAUGCAACAGAAUAAAAUAGUUCCUGUGAUAAUUGUUAUUCACUAAAUCUGUUUUAAAUGAGUUUUAGAAGCUUUUAGCACUUAAUGAAUGAGUUUAAUACUUACAGAUUUUUGAUGAGUUAGCUAAAGAUUAGUACAGACGGCAAGUUCCUCACACAUGGGGUGUUUGCAAACUCAGCAAUCUAUUCUUGUAGUGAAAUAUUGCUACAUGAGUAAAACUGUUCAGUUAACACACAAAAAGAUGUCUGAUUGAGAUUGUAUAUGUUAUGACAAUGAUUGUUAAAUAUUUCAUUUUAAUAUUCCAGUUGCAUAUUUUGUCAGUGCAUCAUCUUUCCUUGCAGUACUUUUGUUAUUGGCAAGUUCUGUUUAUCAGAGAAGGCUUUACUCAAUGCAGGCUGUGUAGGAAGCUCAAGAAUGUAAAGUAUACUGUAUUUUACCAGUAUGUUAAACAUACCAGUAGUUGCACUUUACUGCUCUGGAAAAAAUUGAAUUGUUGACAAACAAAGGAGUCAGGAAUUGGCAUCAGCUUCGUUAUACCAGAAAAAACAAAGAAAUUCAUUGAAAACUAGUCAGAUUUCCUUUAGCUAAGAAAACAAAAGCUGCAGAGUUGCAAUAGACUGAAAUUUACUCAUAAAUAGAAAGCAAUAGCAAAAAUGAAAUGACAGCACUUCUGCAUUAAAACUGUAAAAUUUCUUCCUGUGCAAUGUUCAUUCUCAUUGCAGUGUACAAGUUUAAACCAUAAAAUGUGUCUUGCAGGAUAACUUCUAGAACCUUUGCUUAGCAUAUUUUAAGUUUCAAUCCAGUGAUCAUUAUGAGAUAAAUCUGCUUUAUCAUUAUCUAGUUCUACAUUUUUAUUCAACCAUGUACAGUUGAGUAUUUAUAUUGUGGAUACAUGCUCAAACUGCAUAUCGAUAUUUAUUUAAUUCUUCAUGUGUUCUACAGAUUUAUAAUUUAUCAUGCUUUUGUUUAAUCCUUUUUGUUCGCUGCUCUACGUGUCCAAUGAUGAACUGACCACCUCUGUCAACUGUGCAUGCAAUAAAACCUUUUCACGCACUGA